AUGGCCCUAUCCAGUUGUUAUGUUGUUGUGUACUACAAAGGGGAUGGUAUUCCGUUGAAAGUUUCUUUAGAUACUACGAUUCGUGACUUUAAAAUAUCUGUUUAUGAUUAUUGGAGAAACUUGACUCCUCUGAGCAUAAGAUUUAUUAGUCGUUGUGAUAAAGCUCUCGUUAAUUGUGAUUAUUCUCUUCAAGGUCUAAUUGUUGUUACUUGUUCAAGGGAAUUUUCAAGUUUUGAUCUGUUUGUCGAGGAGUCUUGUCAUGGUGUUGCUUCUAGCUCUUUAUCUGGUUGGGAGAAUAUUUUUAAAGGUGUUGGUCAAGUUUUUCAUGGUGGUUUUGAUGAGGUUCGCUUAGCUGACUGCAGCAAGUCUGGCUAUACAGUUGCAAAGGUUAAGAAUGACAGACUCAGGUUCACAGGCAAGUGUGGUAGGAAUGCAGAAUGUCCUUGGUAUCUGCACUGUAUUCCAAUCGAUACCGCUAAAAGUGUCUUUUCUAUCAAGGAGUCCAAUGGGGAGCAUAAAUGUGGUGGUGCUUAUAAGCUGAAGGACCCACCUGUGAAGAAGAAAUUGAUUAAGCAUCUAUUCAUUGAUCAAAUACAGUCAAAUCUGUCGAUAAAUCCUAAUGAUAUGGUUUCUCAGGUGAAGAAUUGUUAUGGUAUUGACAUAAAAUACCAUCAUGCUUAUAAAGGGAAGGAAGCAUCUAAGGCAGAGAUAUAUGGCGUUGAUGUAAAAAUUUAUAUAGAUCUUAUUUGGCAUGUUGAAGCAAUAAAGGCUACCAAUCCUGGAAGUUAUAUUAAGUUUGAGUAUGAUAAAGAGACUAAACGUUUUCAGAGGCUUUUCAUAUGUUUUGCUGCCUGUAUGGAAGGAUACCGGUUCAUUCGCCCUAUGCUUUACUGUGAUGCAACAUUUCUCAAUGAGAGAUUAAAGGGAACAUUGAUGGCUGCUACUGGUGUGAAUGGAAACCAAGUUCCUGGAGAAGACAUUGAAGGGUGGGAGUGGUUUAUGGAGAACUUGCAACAUUGUGUCGACUCUCGUCCUAUCACCUUUAUCACUGAUCGUCAUGAAGGGCUGAAGCAAAGUAUUCCUAAGUAUUUUCCCAACUCUUAUCAUAGUUACUGUUUCCAUCAUUUGAAGAAUAACCUCCCCAUAAAGAAAUCACAUGAGAAGUAUAAACAAGUUCAAGAUUUGUUCCAUAAAGCUGCAUACUGCUAUAGUGUUGCUAAAUAUGAGUCUGUUUUAAAUGAGAUGUGUAUCAUAGGAUGUGGUUGGGUUGCCAAGUACAUCAGAAAUAUCGAUCCCAAGCAUUGGAGAAAUGCUUUCUUCGUAGGAUGUAGGUAUGGGACACACUCGUCAACUAUUGCAGAGUCUUUCAAUAUGUGA